AUGUCCACUAACUUCAAUGUAUUGAGAUACUCGCUUCUUGGUGCCGGUAUUGUGUACGGUGCUGUUCACAGAUACAACUUGGAAGCCGCCGAGGAGACUAAGCAAAAGCAGGCUGCUUGGAAGAAGGAGGAGAAGUUGAUCAGACAAGCUAAGGCUGAGUACGCCAAGUUGAAUGCUCCUAAGGAGGCCCCAGCUUCUACUUCUAGCUUCAACCUCGAAGACCCAAACUUGGAUUUUGGCAAGGUUUUGGAAUCUUUGGUGCAGAAGUUGGAGUAA